AUGAUUGUAGUUUCUUAUAACAUUAGAGGUGGAGGCAGUAGGAUCAAAAGAAAAAGGGUAGGUUUUUUGAUUCAAAAAGAAGACACAGAUGUUUGCUUCAUUCAGGAGUCUAAGUUAAAGGAGGUGGAUAUAGGAGUGGUCAAGGAGUUAUGGGGUAAGGACAACGUUGAGUGGUCCUCGUCUGAUGCAAUUGGGGCCUCGGGGGGCAUGCUGAUUAUGUGGAGAAAGGAUUUGUUCUGUCUGAUUUUUAGUUUCAAAGGCAUAGGUUUCAUUGGGAUGGGAGUCUCGUGGAAAGGCUCUUUGAUCUAUUUUGUGAAUGUUUACGCGUCGUGUGAUCUCUCUAUCAGAAGAAGGACUUGGAGGCGCCUUGUUGAGAUCAAAAACUCUUUUCCUGUCGGUUCGUGGUGUGUGGGAGGCGAUUUUAAUUCUGUUACCCACGUUGAUGAGAGGGUUGGGUGCUGUAAUAGGAAUUACAGUAACGACAUCAACUGCUUUAGGAGUUUUGUGGAGAACUUGGACUUGGUGGAACCUCCUACUUCGGGGGCAAGUUCACUUGGAUGA